AUGUCGAGUAAGAAAGUGACGUUGAAUAUGCAACAACGCAUCCAAGUGCUGGAGGAUUUAAAAACUUUACCUGUGCGGAUCGUUGCUGCCAAAUAUCGUAUACAUCCGCAAACAGUUCGCAGAAUUCAAAAAAAAGAAAUUUAUAUUCGCGAAUUUGCUGCGAGGGGCAAAACGGGGCAAAAGCAGCAACGAAUGAAGAAACCAGUGUACCCUGAAUUAGAAGAACAAUUGUACACGUGGUUCUGUGAAAGAACAGCUCUUGGCGACCGCAUAAGCGAUUUGCUGUUACAGGAGAAAGCUGUAGAAUUACAGCAAAGUAGUGCAACGUCUUCGAGGUGCAAAUGGAUUAGUUUGGAAGGCGCUUCCAAUAAAGACAUUGUCGACGGAAAAAAUGUAGCUGGAUUCAAAAUGAAGAAGGACAGAAUUACCUUCGGGUUAUGUGCCAAUGUUACCGGGACCAAUAAAAUAAAACCGUUAGUAGUGCACAAAUAUAAAAAACCAAGAGCGUUGAAGCACUCGUUGCACAGACUUCCAGUCUGCUAUAAAUCGCAAAAAAAUGCUUGGGUAGACCGUGAAAUAUUUCAGGAUUGGUAUGAACAGCACUUCAAGCCUAGCGUCCGUGAAUAUCAAUUAAGGAAAGGCAUCACCGGGAAGGUAAUAUUAUUACUUGAUAAUUGCGCAAGUCAUCAAGUUCCAUUAUCUGAGGACGAUGAUACAUUUUCAAUUCAAUAUCUUCCACCAAACACCACAGCCCUCCUACAACCAAUGGAUCAAGGAGUGAUCCUUAAAACUAAAAGAGUCUUCCAAAAAGAAAUGUGCCGCUCCAUUUUAACGUAUGAAGGAGGGGUUAAUGAAUUUUAUGCCAAUUACAAUAUAAAAGAUUGCAUUGAUAUUUUGAUACAGGCAUGGGGAGAAGUUACGCCUGAAAAUAUACGGCACAGUUGGCAUAAAAUAAUUCCAGCUCCUGUGCACAUUCAAAGUUAUUUUAGAAAUGAGAGUGAGGACGAUGGUUUGGAAGAUGCAAUAUCGGUGAUUAGUGAUGGACAAAUUUCGCAACAACAAGCGGCUAUCUUUUUAAAUACAUGCCGUAUAGAGGAAGAAGAAGUUCCACAAAGUGACGCAGAUAAUCAAGACAGUAACAAUGAAAGUGAACAGGACAGUGAUAAGUGUUUAAAAUACCACAUCAUGCGAGCAAGCUGUUUAACAACAGAAUUACAAGAUCUUACUUCUUCAUAGGAAAACAUACAUAUUAAGGUAAGGGUGAAAUUGCAAUGUUUCUUAUUUCUUAAUUUUCACUCAAUCUUACAACCUAAAUAUAAACCGAUUUAUAUCGUGUUUAGCUUCAUUUUAAUCAGCAAAAUCUCCCCCACAUGAUAGUAAAAUUUUUAUUAACAAAAAGUAUAAAAUAAAAAACUUUUUUAUAUGCAUUAGUGUGGUC